AUGGAGCGGGAUACCAACGCUUUGUAUAAUACCUUGGGUGUACGAAAAAAUGCUACCGAAGAGGAGAUUAAAAAAUCAUAUCGACGUUUGGCAUUAAGAUUUCAUCCUGACAAGAACCCUAAUGCUACCGAUGAGUUCAAGUCAAUUACGCAUGCAUACGAAAUUCUUAGCGAUCCCAAAAAACGAUCAGUAUAUGAUAAAUAUGGAGAAAUGGGAAUAAAUAUGAUGGAUUCAAUGGCUGGAUUUUUAUUUGAUCCAGAUAUCGAGGGACCAUUAUUAGAUAACAAAGUAAAAUGGAGUUUUGGAGUUGUGUUCAUACCUAUGUGGAUUGUAGAUUUUGUGGUUUUCGUUGGAUUGGUGGCACAAGCAAGGAAAGAACCAACUGAAUAUGAUGAACAUGAUGCAGAGGAAUUUGAAGGAUUAUAUCAUGACGAUAGAGAACGAGCGAGAGAAGCAAGAAAAUUACAACAAAAAAGAUUACAUCGUCUUAGAAAUCUUUUAGCUAUCGUAUAUUUAUUAUUGUUCUUCACAUUUCAAAUAUUAAUUGUUCUCCGAGCAGAUGGGGCUAUAAAUUUUAGCGCGGCUAUCGUAUUUAUUCCAUAUUUUAUUACCGAAAUUAUUAAUGUGUACCCGAAUAUCAUGGAAUAUGUUGGUAUAUUCAGAACCACUAGAGUGUAUGAUCAUAAUGGUAAACCUUCUCUAAAGCUUAAGUUUCAAUUGUUCUUUGAGACAUUUUUUUGGCUUUUGAUCAGAGUAGCUUUAGCAAUCUUAAUCGUUCUUAAGAUUGAUGGUGUUAUUAAAGUUAGUUGGGGUAUAGUAUUCUUUCCAUUAUAUUUAGUUGGAAUUCGUUAUGCACUUGGGAUUUUAUUCCAAUGGUGGUUGCUAAGAAAAGCCGAACCAUUACAGAAUAGAUUAAGGGUUGAUGUUUUGGUUUCAGCUACCGUAUUAGGAGUGAUUGGAACUUUAUCCUACACUGUUAUAGGGUUACUAGCAAGUAGACUUGAUGGAAAUAAUGGAAUUAGAUUAUCAUCAAUUUUUAUUCCUGUAUUUAUCGUCCUAUCUCUUUUAUUUUGUUGCUCGGGAUGUUGUUUACCUUGCGUUUUCUUGAAUUGGGGUGGUGAAGAUUUUGAAGGUAGUGGUGAUACUCCGUUUAUAUCACCUGAUAAAAGAAUAACUUAUCCCUCUGUAGCAGGUCCAAGUUCAGGUGGAAGCAAUGAUGCAGUAUAA